AAAUAAUGUAGGGAAACAGAAGUGGGUAGUUCCUGGUUACGUAACUGUAAGAAGAGCUGCAACUUCUUGUUGCAAAACCCACGGAAAUUCAGUUAUUAAGCAGAGAAAAGCAGGUAACUCUCAGAUUGGAGAAGCUGGGUUAGAGUCUGACUGAGGAUGAGUGAUUUGGAGGAAGGGGAGGACGGGGCGGAGUCUCCAGUAUCCCGCCAUCUGUCAAUGAAGAGUGAAGAUUCUCCAGACUUCAGUAAUGAAGUUGGACCCCCAGACACAAAAGAGUGGAGGAGUAUUUCUGUGGAGGAGCAGCUGUCCUGCUGUGCUUUGUGUCAGGAUGUCCUGAAGGAUCCAGUCUCUACCAGCUGUGAACACUGGUUCUGCAGACAGUGCAUCACCUCAUACUGGAACAAGUCCAGUUCAUCAGGAGACUCCUCUUGUCCCCAGUGUGAACAAAGAUCCAGAGCAAGAUCUGGACUGCAGACAGCCUGUCAGACCAGCACUGUACAAACAGACAGUGGUCUGCAGGAGGUUUUAGAUGAACAUAAGAUCAGUCUGAAGAGAAGCUGUGAACAUGUGAUUGAAGGAACUGAUGGAACAGGAAGUGAUACCCUUCUCAACAGGGUCUACACUGAGCUCUACAUCACAGAGGGACAGAGUGAUGAUGUUAAAACCCAACAUGAUAUUUGGCAGCUUGAGACAGCCUCAAAGAUGGAGACCCUCCUUAACACUCCAAUCAAGUGCCACGACAUCUUUAAAGCCUUACCCAACCAACAGAGAUGCAUUAGAGUCGUUCUGACGAAUGGUGCUGCUGGCGUUGGGAAAACCUUCUCAGUGCAGAAGUUCACUCUGGACUGGGCAGAGGGUUUGGAAAACCAAGAUGUCAGUCUGCUGGUUCUGCUUUCAUUCAGGGAGCUGAACUUGAUCAGAGAUGAGCAGUACAGUCUCCUCACGUUGCUCCAUGUUUUCCAUCCAACAUUACAGAAGGUCACAGCAGAGAAGCUGGCUGUCUGUAAAGUUCUGUUCAUCUUUGACGGCCUGGAUGAAAGCAGACUUUCGCUGGAUUUCAACAACACCAAGGCUGUGUCUGACGUCACACAGAAGUCAUCAGUCAACGUGCUGCUGACAAAUCUCAUCCAGGGGAAUCUGCUGCCCUCAGCUCUCAUCUGGAUAACUUCCCGACCUACAGCAGCCAAUCAGAUCCCUCCUUCAUGUGUUGACAGGGUAACAGAAGUACGAGGCUUCAGUGAUGACCAGAAGGAGGAGUACUUCAGGAGGAGAUUCAGUGAUGAAGAGCUGUCCAGUAUAGUCAUCUCACACAUCAAGACAUCCAGGAAAAUUCAUGUCAUGUGUCAGAUCCCAGUCUUCUGCUGGAUCACUGCUACAGUUCUGGAGCACAUGUUGACUACUGACCAGAGAGGAGAGCUUCCCAAGACCUUGACAGACCUGUACUCACACUUUGUGAUGGUUCAGACAAAAAGGAAGAAGCACAAGUAUGAUGAGGGACAUGAGACAAGUCCACAGGAGCUGACGAAGGCUGACAGGGAAGUUCUUCUGAAGCUGGGGAGGCUGGCGUUUGAACAUCUGGAGAAAGGAAACAUCAUGUUCUACCAAGAAGACUUGGAGGAGUGUGGUCUUGAUGUCACACAGGCCAUGGUGUACUCAGGAGUUUGUACAGAGAUCUUCAAAAGAGAGAGUGUGAUCUUCCAGAAAACAGUCUACUGCUUUGUUCAUCUGAGCGUUCAGGAGUUUCUGGCUGCAGUCUACAUGUUCCACUGUUUCACCAACAGGAAGACACAGGUACUGAAGGCUUUCCUGGGAAAAAACUACAAACACAGGGACUCAAAACCAAACUCCUUUCUCAAGAAGGUUUCUAAGAUUUUUGGAAACAGCGAUAGCCGGGACCCAUCUCUGGAUGUCUUCCUAAAGAGAGCCAUGGAGAAGUCCCUCGACAGUAACAAUGGCCACCUGGACCUGUUUGUUCGUUUCCUUCACGGCCUCUCUAUGGAGUCCAACCAGAGACUCUUAGGAGGCCUGCUGGGUCAGACUGAGACCAAUGCAGAAAUCAUCCAGAGAGCCAUCAACAACCUGAAGGAGAUGAACAUGCACAAAAUCUCUCCUGAUAGAAGCAUCAACAUCUUCCACUGUCUGAUGGAGAUGAACGACCACUCGGUACAUCAGGAGAUUCAAGACUUCCUGAAGUCCGAGAACAGAUCAGAGAGGGAACUCUCUGUGAUCCACUGUUCAGCUCUGGCCUACAUGCUGCAGAUGUCAGAGGAGGUUCUGGAUGAGCUGGACCUGAAGAAGUACAACACAUCAGUGGAGGGACGACAGAGACUGAUUCCAGCUGUGAGGAACUGCAGAAAGGCUCUACUUACUGCAUGUGAGCUCUCAGAGACUCACUGUGAAGUUGUGGCCUCGGCUCUGAAGUCCAGCCCCUCCCACCUGAGAGAGCUGGACCUGAGGGGAAACAAGCUGCAGGAUUCAGGAAUGAAACUGCUUUCUGCUGGACUGGAGAGUCCAAACUGUAGACUGAAUACUCUCAGAUUGAAGAACUGCAGUUUGUCAGAGAUCAGCUGUGCCUCUCUGGCCUCAGCUCUGAAAUCUAACCCCUCCCAUCUGAGAGCGCUGGACCUGAGUGGAAACUACCUACAGGAUUCAGGAGUGAAGCUGCUGUGUGAUUUUCUGGAAAGUCCUGAGUGUAGUCUGGAGACUCUGAGAUUGAAGAACUGUGGUUUGUCAGAGAUCAGCUGUGCCUCUCUGGCCUCAGCUCUGAAGUCCAACCCCUCUCAUCUGAGCGAGCUGGACGUGAGUGGGAACAAGCUGAAGGAUUCAGGAGUGAAGCUGCUGUGUGGUUUUCUGGAGAGUCCUGACUGUAGACUGGAGACUCUGAGAUUGAGUGGCUGCACUUUCUCUGGGGUCAGCUGUGCUUCUCUGGUCUCAGCUCUGAAGUCCAAUCCCUUCCAUCUGAGAGAGCUGGAGCUGUGGGGAAACGAACUGCAGGAUUCAGGAGUGGAGAUGCUGUGUGGUUUCCUUGAGAGUCCAGACUGUAGACUGGAGACUCUGAGACUGAAUGGUUGCAGUUUCUCUGGGGUCAGCUGUGAUUCUCUGGCCUCAGCUCUGAAGUCCAACCCGUCCCAUCUGAGAGAGCUGGACCUGAGUGGAAACAAGCUGCAGGAUUCAGGAGUGAAGCUGCUGUGCUGUUUUCUGGAGAGUCCGAACUGUAGACUGGAGACUCUGAGAUUAAGGUGCUGCAGUUUGUCAGAUGUCAGCUGUGCCUCUCUGGCCUCAGCUCUGAAGUCCAACCCCUCCCAUGUGAGGGAGCUGGAGCUGAGAGACAACAGUCUGCAGGAUUCAGGAGUGAAGCAGCUUUGUGGUUUUCUGGAGAGUCCUGACUGUAAACUGGAGACUCUGAGAUUGAGUUCCUGCAGUUUGUCAGAGAUCAGCUGUGCCUCUCUGGCCUCAGCUCUGAAGUCCAACCCCUCCCACCUGAGAGAGCUGGACCUGAGUGGAAAUUGGGACCUGCAAGAUUCAGGAGUGAAGCUGCUGUGUGGUUUUCUGGAGAGUCCAGACUGUAGACUGGAGACUCUGAGACUGAGUUGGUGCAGUUUGUCAGAGAUCAGCUGUGCCUCUCUGGCCUCAGCUCUGAAGUCCAACCCCUCCCAUCUGAGAGAGCUUGAUCUGUGGGGAAACGCUGUGCAGUAUUCAGACCUAAAAGAGCUGUGUGAUCUUGUGGCAAGUCCACACUGUCGACUGGAGACUCUUAGGGUCAACGACAGGAGGAUUAAAACUUCCAGAGACAAAGCAUUGAGUGUGCAGCAUGCUGCUGAAAAAGGAGAUUUGUGCCCAGAGAAUCCAUCAUUGACAAAUAAAGGUGACUCUGAUGUCAAACUGGAACCAAACAAAGCAGACACAAUGCAGGAUGUGUCUGAGGACGACACAAAACCAAUAAAGCCUCCAACAAGCUUUACGCCUGAGCUGCUACCUGAACCUUCACAAGUCGCAUACAGGUUCAAGUGUCCUGGUCCAGGUGAAUUCCGGUGUGCUACGACUGGACUGGUGUUUGUUACAACUCAGGAGGUGGAGCUGAACUACAGGACUGUUCAGUGGGAUGAGACCCUCCUCUUGUCAGCUGGCAAGGUGCCUGCAGGGCUGCUGUUCAAUAUCCAGUGUCCUGAUGAUGCUGUCUGUGAGCUCCACCUCCCACACUGUGAAACAGAGGAUGCUCUGGUCCAUGAAGGCCUGCUGUCUGUCGUCAACAUCAGCGAUGAUGGAAUGAGCAUCCUCAAACCGGUGGAGAUCACAGACACUCAUGUGAUUGUCAAAGUCCCUCACUUCUCUUCCUUUGGCCUGGUCUGGGCUUUGGAGAUUGUGGGGAGGAUUUGGAACUUCAUGAAACCAGUUAGCGGCCAAGUUUUGCUGUUCCUCCGCUCACCAAAUGUAAUAACACAGAAGCAAAACAUCAAUGUGCAUCUCCUGCCAAUCAACAUCCCACUGGAAGAGGUGAAAGCAAGACAGCGACACGCUGAGCACAUCAGUGGGCCUCCCAAAUGCAAAUUGAUCAGAGAGGGAACUUACACCGUUCACUGCGCGAAGGCCCUUAAAAUACAGCCUAAGAAAGAAGAGUUUGACAUGGAUUUUGGACCAAAUUACCACCCACUCUUUGAGGUCCGCCUCCCUAUAUACACAGAAGAAGCAACUAUAACAGUCCGAGACCAAGAAAACACAGAUGUUUGGGAGUGUGAAGUUGAACUGACUGGUCCUAAUUCAGUAUGGACUCCGAGUGAAGUCAAGCUGUUGCAUGUUCGGGCGCAGUUUGUCGAGAGGGUGUCUGAACCGGUUCUACUUAGGCUGCUAGAUAAACUCCUGGAGCAAGGGGUGAUAACUGAUGCUGAAAUGGAGUCUGCUGCAACACUGAACAGAGGAGACAAAGCUCGGGCGGUGAUCGACAUGGUGCGAAAAAAAGGAUCUCGGGCCAGUUCAGCUAUGAUCGCUGCUGUCUUUAAGGUGGAUUCACUCCUCUCACAUGAGCUGAACUUAUUUUGAGGCAGAAACUGUGUAUCAGGGUGUGUCUGUCUUACAACAACACAUCUUUAAUUCUUAAGUUUUAGAUUCACUUUUUCUCCAUUGUGGGUUUGAGUCAGGGUUAUUAUCCCAGUGUUAUUUUACCAUGUUCCAGAGUAGGCAAACUGUAUUAACUAUUUGACUACUAACACUUUCACUUACAUAACUUCUGUGUUUUUAAAUAUUUUUGAAUCAUCAAAAUUUAUGAUUAAUUUGUUUUAUGUGAAAUUUUCUAAGUGGUCUCAGUGGACCUCACUAUAUUUCUCCACAGCACUAAUCACAUAAUUUCAUUACCAGUCACGUCAUAGAAGAGGUUUAAUUUGGAGGUGGACCCUCUGAUCUGAAAGUGAAAAUCUAUCCUGCUUUGACUUCGCUCUGACUCAUUUGUAAUCUGACACAAAUGUGGCCGUACAAUUACUGAGUGUGUUUGCUGCUGGAGCUUUAAGGUCAAUAAAUAACAUAUUUUUUGUGUCAAAUCA